AUGUCGUCAAAAAGAGAAUGGAUGUACGGGAUGAGAACCAAUAAAGACGGUACUAUAAAUUCGCAAUUUCAACAAUGUGUUGAUUAUUUCUUGGAUUUUGCAUACAAAAACGCAAAGAACAUUGAAGGGGAAACUGUAAAGGGGGUUCGAAAGUUACUAAUUAGAUGCCCGUGUAAAGCAUGCAAAAACCGUUUCUACAAGACGAGAGGUGUUGUUGAUUUUCAUCUAACUUCACAAGGAUUUAUGAAAGAUUAUCUCGUAUGGUACGCGCAUGGCGAAUCUGAUGAGCCGAUGGAUGUAGGGCAAUGCUCAAACCCCAAACCGUCUCAACAUGUGGGUCAAGAUGUCGAUGAAGAUCUUGGUGAAUAUACCGAAUUUGAUCAAAUGAUUAUGGAAUGCAUGCACCAAGAUCCAAAUAAAAAAGCGCAAGCAUUCUACCACAUGUUAGAGCAAGCCAAUGAGCCUUUAUGGGAAGGGGCUAAAGACGCUAGCACACUUUCUGCCACCACCAGAUUAUUGAAUUGGAAAUCAGAUUGUAAUGUUUCCGACUCAGCAUUUGAUAAACUACUUCCCAUAAUCAAAUACAUGCUACCUGAUGAUAACAAGCUUCCUGUGAACUUUUAUGAGACUAAGAAGAUGUUGAAGCUGCUAGAGUUGCCAUCACAACAAAUUCAUGUGUGCCAAAACCAUUGCAUGUUGUUUUAUGGACAACAUUCUGAUCUUGAUCGUUGUAUAGUAUGUAAUGAAAGAAGAUACAAGGAAAGAGGGAAGAAGGUGCCUAAGUUGGUGAUGUACUACAUGCCUAUUGGACCAAGACUUCAAAGAUUGUUUUAUUCAAAAAAGACCGCUCAACAUUUGACUUGGCAUGCGGAUCGUAGUCUAUCAGAAAAGAUGAGUCAUCCUAGUGAAGGUCGAGCCUGGCACCAUUUUAACUCCGUCUUUCCUGAUUUUGCAAAAGAGACACGCAAUAUUCGUCUCGGGUUGUGCACCGAUGGAUUUUGUCCAAAUAAUACAAGUGGGACAUCGUAUUCAUGUUGGCCAGUGUUUAUCACUGUUUACAACCUACCUCCUUGGUUGGCUUUGAAAGAGAAAUAUGUACAAAUGCCUUUGCUCAUUCCUGGUCCAAAUAAUCCCACACAAAAUAUCGAUGUUUUUCUACAACCUUUGGUAGAUGAGCUGAAAAUGUUGUUCACACAUGGCAUUGAGACUUAUGAUGCCCAUGGAUGUAACAAUUUUCAAAUGAAGGCCGCACUGCUAUGGACGGUUAGUGACUUUCCUGCUUAUGCAAUGUUAUCUGGAUGGAGCACGCAUGGUAAGUUAGCUUGCCCAUAUUGCUCAAAUAAAUCAGGAUCUUUCCAACUUCAUUUUGGAGGGAAACCGUGUUGGUUUGACUGCCACAGACAACAUCUUCCCACAAAUCAUGCUUUUCGGAAAGAUAAGAUUAACUUUCGGAAAAACAAAACGGUUUCGGGCGAAAGAGAUAUUCCAGAGCCAACUGGAGAGGAAAUAUGGCAGGAUAUAAAAGAUUUGCCCAUUGUUUAUGAUGUUAAACCAUGUGGUAUUGAAAAAUGUAGAAAACCGCCUGGUUUUGGGAUUACACAUAAUUGGGUAAAGAGAAGCAUCUUUUGGGAACUUCCAUAUUGGGGUAAGUUGCUGAUUCGGCACAACCUUGACGUGAUGCAUAUCGAGAAAAACGUAUUUGAAAAUUUGUUUAACACAAUUAUGGGCACCGGCUAUACUAAAGACAAUAUGAAGGCAAGGCAAGACAUGGAGCAGAUUUGUCAUCGACCUCUUUUAAACCCCAAAUGUGAUAAAAAUGGGAAUAUGACUAAAGAUAGGGGAGAUUACACUCUGAAAAAAGAUGACGUUAAAAAAGUAUGUGUUUGGUUGAAAAAGCUUAAAUUUCCAGACGGGUAUGCAUCAAACAUAGGGAGUUGUGUGAACAUGAAAGUCAACAGUUUUCAUAGCUUUAAAAGUCAUGACUGUCAUGUGUUUAUGCAGCGGUUGCUUCCACUUGCUAUCAGAGGUUUUGUCUCAAAAGAUACAUACGAGGCUGUAACAGAGUUAUGCAUGUUCUUUCGUGUCUUAUGCUCGAGAACGUUGCAUGUAGAUGAUUUGGUUAACAUGAAGCGUGACAUCGUUCAAACGAUAUGCAAGUUGGAGAAAGUAUUCCCUCCUGGUUUCUUUGAUUCCAUGGAGCACCUUGUCAUACAUCUAGCUAAUGAAGCUCUUCUCGGUGGUCCAGUGCAAUACAGAUGGAUGUAUCAAUACGAGAGAAAACUUGGCUAUAUGAAAAGAAGGAUUAGAAACAAAUCAAAGAUCGAGGGUUCAAUUGUGAGGGAACACCUAGUGAAUGAACUUGCAACUUAUUGUUCUCUAUACUUUGACCCGUCGAUUGAGACACGCCAUAAUCGAGAGCCGCGGAAUUUCGCGCCACAACAUCCUAGCUCUUUGAUUGGAGGCUCACAACUGAGCGUGUUUGUCGUUCCAUCAAGGCGAUUAUAUCAAAAGGGGGGAAAGAGGAGACGCAUGAGUAAAGAAGAACUAAAAAAGGCGCACACCUAUGUUCUUUUAAAUUGUGAAGAAGUUUACCCUUACAUCGACAAGUUUGAUGAAGUGGCGCCACAAUUGUAUCCAGAUGAGCCAGUGUCCCUUCUCAGAGAUCACCAUUUUGCGGAAUGGUUUGAAAACUAUAUAAUGAAUGGCUUAAUUGAUGGAAGCACUCGACAUUUGGAAGUUUUAGCAAGAGAACCAUCAAUGUAUGCUCAAUCUCACAGUGGGUACUUUGUAAAUGGUUAUAAGUUCCACACACGGGAGCAUAGUAAAGGACUUGUAACCUCAAACUUUGGUGUUUGCGUGAGAGGGGAAACAUAUAAUGCCGAAGAGUCUGACUACUACGGCUUAUUGGAUGAGAUAUUAGAGCUCCAAUAUGAUUGCAAUGUGCCUCAAACUGUUGUAUUGUUUAAAUGCACAUGGUUUGAUAACAAACGCGGUGUAGUAGUUAACAAAAACAAGUUAGUUGAUGUCAAUCAAAAGUUCCAACUUCAAAGUGACGACCAUUUUAUCUUAGCAUCACAGGCGGAACAAGUGUUUUACACACCAUAUCACGCCAUCACACGUGAUACAAAAGAUCUAUGGGCGGUUGUCAAGACAAAAGCACGGCACAUUUAUGAAGUUACCGAUGUCACGAACGAUAGAAACACGGAAGCACAUGAUUAUCUUCAGACUGAUGAACGGUAUGAAGUACCGAAUGAUGAAAGUAAUAGUGGAACCUUGGACCAAGAUACAUUUUAUGAUGAUGACGACGAUGACGAUGAUGAAAUGGUUUAUUCAGAUCACUCUUCAGAUGAAGAUGAACAUGAUUGUUAG